GCUGCUUUCAGUGUUCUCUCCCGGCUUUUGUGUCAAGAUGGUGCUUGUGAUGUUUAAAUGUCCCUUCGUCAUUUCUUGUUAAAGGUGCUCGGCAUUCGGCGGCUUUAAUGUUCCGCGCGGCUAACCGAAAAAGCAUCGGCAAAGCGGGGAACGGCUGGCACUUUCGCCGGACAAUGGACGAGCUGGUCCAUGAUCUGGUGUCAGCCCUGGAGGAGAGCUCGGAGCAGGCGGCGCGCGGUGGCUUCGGCGACGGCGGAGAUCACGCGUUGACAGUGGGCUGCUUGCUAAAGAGGCAGGCGAGGAAGCGCAGGGGCAGGAAACGGCGCUCGGACAACCCGCACCCGCCCUGGGAGACGGGCCACCUGAGCGAGGGCUCGGAGUCCAGUGUGGAAGAGCACAAGGACUAUCGUGCGGGCACAGGUGGGGUAUCUGCCUCUAACAGCCACGCUCGCGACAACAGCGACUCGGACGAGCAGAUGGGCCCUAAACGCCGCACCCCCCAGACAUCCGACAUAGGCAGGAGUAAGCGGCCCCUGUGGCUGGACGACCCGGGGGUCCUGGGAUCUGCCGAGGGAACGCGCAGCCUCAGGCGACGGCGCAAGGUCAAGCGCAUGGCUGUGGACCCCCCCGCCGAACCGGAGCCCCCUUCCACCAUGAUGCCGGCCCCCCCGUCAGUCCCCAAGGCUCGCUCGGCAGGCACCAGACCCCACCGGCUGAGUCCGAGCGAGGGCCGGGUCGCCAUGGAGGUUUGCGGAGGUGGCCUGCGGGCGGUGGGAGGGAAGAACAGGAUGAAGAAAAGGAAGCUAACCCCCCAAAAGGUGGGGGCGGAUGCUGCCGACGAAGGCGUGGUCGUGGAGAGCGAGGAGCCCAUCUCGUCUCUGGUGGAAGGAUGCAGGGACAAGAUGGAGCUGGAGGAGCAGAAGGGCUCGGAUGAGGAGAUGAGUGACAGCGAAACCAGCAGCGUGAGUAACAGCAGCGACGGAGGCCUCUACACCAACGAUGAAGGCAGGCAAGGUGACGACGAGCAGAGCGACUGGUUCUGCGAGGGCGAACCUGGCUCUGGCGCCGGGGGUGCAUGCGGCGUGGCGGGCGUCAUCCCUUGGUGGGAGAGGGACGCGGGCGCCGAAGAGCUGGACUUGAACGACCAGGUCUUCAACAACAUCCUCACGGGCUCCUUCCCACUCAUGACCCCCGAAACAAAGAGAGGGUUCCAGGCCCGGUUAAACCGUCUCGACGGACACUCGAGGCCCUGCGACGACGAGCUGGAGGGUAGCAGUGGUCAGGGCUUUGUUGAGACCCACGAGCCGUGGUUCAGCUCAAGCCCAAGGCGGGAACAUGGACAGUUGCACUGGGACACUCGAAUAGAACGAGGCCAUCGCAGGAGCUGCUCGGUAAAAACAGCCAACAGACAGACAAGCGGGCACCUCGGCUCUCUGUGCAUGGGGGACGUCAAGCGGAGGAGGAAGGCAGCCCCCCUUGGUUCCAUGGCGCCCUCGGCGUCGCUGGGCGAGAACCUGCCGCCCAUUCCCGACAACAACGUGGGCAACCGCAUGCUGCAGAGAAUGGGAUGGACCCCGGGCAUGGGCCUGGGUCCCGACGGGAUGGGCAUCACGGAGCCCAUCCGGACCCUACAGAGACCAAAGGGAGCCGGGUUGGGCUUCAACUGAACUCUGUCAUGUCAAAGGUGGAGGGGUGAGGAAAAUAUGUGGGAUGAAGACUUUCCCAUAUUGGGGAGACUUGUUUGGGACAUGAGCUGAAUCAAGGACUGAACCCCCACGUUGGAGGUCAUGUUAUGACCUUUUCUGCCUCAUCGAACAACUGUCAGGCCACCGGAUAAGUGAGAAACUGAUGGACUUCAUCUUGCACUGCCCAGGUCAGUGGAAUAUCUAAUGUUGUGCGCAAUCUGGACUGUACUUUUAAGAUUUAUGUUUCAUUAUAUUACACUCUAUGGAUGUCUCCCUCUGUUUUUAAUAUUCAUCUUGGAAAAAAAACCAACACCUGGCCUUUUUUUUUUUGUAAUCAUGAACUUGUUGCGUAUGGCGUAAAUUGUUUUAGAACAAUGCUGAUGAUAGUUAAUGAUGACAUUUCAAUCAUUUAAUGUUCCAGUGUAUAGACUUGGAAAUUCGGUUGACAGAAGACAGAGUAGCUGAAUGACUUGUGGUUUGCAUUUUAAACUAGUAAGCGGUAAAGUACCCACAAAGAUGGGCGUCAGUUUAUAACGGAAAGGAAGAUUUCAUAUUUCUGAUCCUUUUUGUGUAUUCCUUUAAAUUGAAUAAGUUGGUCUUGACUGACACACUUCUGGUGGU